CUCACUCCUUCCCUCUACAACAGUACACACCUAUAUCAAGUGAAUGACGUAUAAGAACUAGCAUUACAGCAACACUCAGCCCUCACACAUGUUCAGUCACUGUCACAGGAGCAGUCAGACAGCAGCUUGAGUUUGACAGUUGAUCAGCCAACAUGUCUCUGAAACUAGGAGGCAACAUUUUAGUGACUGGGAGCAACAGAGGUAUCGGCUUGGAGCUGGUUAAACAGCUCGCAGAGAAGACAGGACAGGACACUCACAUCUAUGCCUGCUGCAGGGAGCCUGAGGGAGCCAGCGCUAAGGAACUGCGAGACCUCAGCACUCAGCAUGCCGGAAAGAUCACACUGAUCAAGCUAGACACAUCAGAUGAGGCCAGUAUCUCUGCUGCUGUCAAAGCUGUGAGUAAGCAGAUUGGGGCUGGUGGGUUGAACCUCCUCAUCAACAAUGCUGCUAUCAACAAACCAGCUGCACCAGCGCCACUAUCUGUCACUGGGAAGAAGGACAUGAUGGACGUGUAUGAAACCAAUGUGGUUGGACCAUUUCUCCUGGCAAAGGUGUUUCUUCAACUCCUCCAGACGGCAGCAGAGAGUGAAAAUGACAGAGGUGGUGACAUGUCCUGCAGGAGGUCAGCCAUCAUCAACAUCUCCACCCUCUUCUCAUCCAUAGAGAAAUGUCCAGAGACCUUCACUGUAGCACCGGUGUACCCUUAUAGAAUAAGCAAGGCGGGACUGAACAUGCUGACUCGCUGUCAGGCAGAGAAUUUCAAAGGACACAACAUACUGGUGACAGCCAUCCAUCCUGGCUGGGUCCGCACUGACAUGGGAGGUGAAAUGGCACCUUUGAACACCCAUGACAGUGUGCUGGGCAUGCUCGGUGUGAUGUCAUCACUCAGCAGCAAAGAUAGUGGGAUGCUUGUGGACUGGGAGGGUAACAGAAUCCCAUGGUAGCAGUCACCAUGACAACCACAUGGGGACCCACAAUCUGAUGAGUGCCUUGGAUUAUUCCCACUCGUUGUUUUUUUAAA